AUUUUUAAUGUUUUCCUUCGUCUUGAUUAGUAAGAGUUAAUUAGAAAAAGUUAUAAUUUACGUAGAGAAUAUCGAGAUAAAAAUAAGGCUAUUAGUUGAAACCACGUUCAAAGAUUCUUUUCACUGCCAAAGCAAAGUUUCAGUGCUAAACGAUGGCCAAAGUCAAAGCUCAUGAACUGCGGGGCAAAAAGAAGGAAGAACUCCUUCACCAACUUAAUGAGUUGAAAACAGAAUUGCAACAAUUGCAUGUUGCAAAAGUUACUGGUGGAGCUCCUUCGAAGCUUUCAAAGAUAAAGGUGGUAAGAAAAUCGAUUGCUCGUGUGAUGACUGUCAUCUCUCAUUCCCAACGCGAUAAUCUUCGAAAGUUUCACAUGAACAAAAAAUACCAACCCCUUGACUUGCGUACUAAAAAGACGAGAGCCAUGCGUCGAGCACUAACGAAACACGAAGCUGGAUUAAAGACACUACGACAGAUUAAGAAAGAAACUCACUUCAGUGUACGAAAAUAUGCUGUAAAAGAAUAAAUUUUCCUUUCGAGUCAUAA